AUGGCGACGUCAACGUCAUCAAGUAACAAAUCGAACGGUCCAGAUCUUCACACCUUUCGCAGACCACAACUCUCCUCCUCCUUCGCUUCUUCAACCACUUCAAGUUUCUCCUCUUGCUCCUCCUCCACGUUCUUCGCACGUGCCACUUCUCCCACACGUGUCAGUCUGUAUGGAUACAGCCACUCCAAUCACAACGACCACCGCGUGUCACAUCGAUCCUCUUCGUCGGUUCGGUUUUCUCUAGACAACCGUCCGAUCUCUCCCAACCGGUCGAUCUCAUUCACCAGGCAGACCGUCACAAACAACGGCAAUGCGAAGGCGUUCAACACUCCUAAGAGGACCUGCGCUUGCUCGCCGACGACGCACCCUGGCUCUUUCCGGUGCGCUCUUCAUAAGAGAGCGAACAACUAUCAGAAUCACAAAACGAUGUCCUCUCCGUCAUACCACUCCAGUAGUCGGCUGAACUAUAGGAGAUCAGCGAUGACGAACUCGCUUGUGAGAAUCGGAGGAGUGGAAGGAGAGUUGGUGAAAAGAGCAUUGUCCGCUCUAAUAAGGCCGUCAUCUCACCACCAGCGCCGCCGAGCCGCUUUUCAGCCGAGACCGAGUCGGUUCUACAUCAUGUCAAAAGCCGAAAAUUCAGAAAAUUUAUGAAUGUUUGAGCGGGAUUUGAGUUUUUGCUAAAUGUUUAGUGAACGAGGGAGACGAGUUGACUCAGUGCUAUAGCUCAAAGCUGAAUCACUUUUUUUUUUUUAAAUCUUAAUUUGAGUUGUUUUAGGUAAUGUUUGUUGGGAAGAGAGCGGUUUUUGGUGUAAAGAGAAGAAAAAUAUUAUAUUAAAUUUUUGGGAAUUAAAAUUGUACAGUGAAAGAAAUUAAUCAACGGUUUAUACUUUAUUCUUUUAUUUAAAUUCUGUGCGUCAGAUCGGAGACGGAUGGCGUGACUUUUGGUGCUUUUGAAAAUUCGGUUUUGGGGACCAUCAGAUUUUUUCUUGUAAAUUAGUAUUAAAAGUUGUGUCAUGUAAUCAACCAGUACGUUGCGUUUUGAUAUCUUAUUAGUUAUUAUAUACAUUGGGAAAAAAUGAAAUUAUUGAAAGCAAUAAAAUUUUAAUUUGUAUUUAGAUAUUGACA